AUGCUGGAUGCAGAGAAAGAAAAUGUGACAGGCAUCACAGAAUUCAUCCUCCUGGGUUUAGGGAAUUCGACGGAGCUGCAGCCUCUGCUAUUCUCGCUAUUCCUGGUGAUUUAUCUUGUGACAAUAACUGGGAACUUCCUUAUUCUUGUGCUAGUUGUGGCUGACCCACACCUUCACACCCCCAUGUACUUUUUCCUGGGGAAUUUGUCCUGCCUGGAGAUGUGCUAUACUUCAUGUAUCUUGCCAAAAAUGUUGACCAGUUUGUUAACUGGAAACACAACUAUUACUGUGAGUCAAUGUCUAACCCAAUAUUAUUUCUUUGGCUCUUUUGCAACUGUAGAAACAUGUCUCCUUGCAGCAAUGUCUUAUGACCGCUAUCUGGCUAUAUGUAGACCUUUCCUUUACACUUUCAUUAUGAGUAGGAAACUAUGUUUCCAGCUUAUAGCUGGGGCAUGGCUAAAUGGGUUAAUAGCGAAUGGCAUCACUGUGUUUCUGCUUACUCAGCUAUCCUUUUGUGGCCCCAAUGCCAUUGACCAUUACUUUUGUGACUUGACCCCACUGGAAAGAUUAUCCUGUACUGACCCAGGCUUGCUUGAACUCAUUGUCUUUCUCCUUUCCUUCAUUGAUGCUGUGAUUCCAUUUAUUCUGACAAUCACAUCAUACUUGUAUAUCAUCAUUGCCAUUGUAAAAAUCAAAUCCAGCAUUGGAAGGCAAAAGGCUUUUUCAAACUGCUCCUCUCAUCUCAUGGUGGUUUGUCUUUUUUAUGGCACCAUUAUCAUAGUCUAUUUACUGCCAGACACUUUGACUCUGAGAUACCUCAAUAAAGUCUUCUCCAUCUUUUACACAAUCCUGACUCCUUUGGCCAAUCCUGUCAUCUAUACUUUAAGAAAUAAAGAUGUUCACAAAGCUUUAAGACGGAUUGACAAGAAAUUGAGAAUUUUUGGAAGGAGUUAUAUCUUUUGUUUAUGA